AUGCAUCCCCAGUUAGAGGCAGAAAGAUUUCAUUCUUGUUUGGAUUUUAUCGAAGCAUUAGAUAAAUGUCAUAAAAAGGAGUAUUAUAAGAGAAUAUUUGGCCUUUGUAAUAAUGAAAAGGAUGCCCUUUCACAAUGUUUAAAAGAGGCAAGUUUAGAGACCAAGAAAAAGGCAAUAAAACAAAAUAGGGAGAAGAGAGCACAGUUAGAUGCCAAAUGGAAAAAGAUUGAUGAAGAAGAAUAUGGCCAAGACACUAUUUUGAAGAAAAUUAUUGAAAGGCAAUAUAAUAAAAAGUUAGCAGAAGAAUCUAUGAAUUCUGAGAUUCCAAAUCAAACUCAACAGAAAAAAGAGUAA